UGAACAAAUCCCCUUUUUUGGUUUUUCUUUAGACUAGCUCACCGUGAGCUGUUAAUUGGAUAUGUUCAUCUCGGAUAAUCUUGGUUUUGUUUUAUAACUUCAUUGUGGAGUUUCUUUUCAUUUGACAUUUCCGUGAUCCUUUAACGUCAUAGGCUUUUGGUUGAUGACCAGCUGGGUAGGGCCAACUUUAUUGCGCUGAAUUCAGGAAGGAAAUAUUGAAAUUUUAUUGUUUUACUUUAUGCAACUACUGCUUGAUCUGGUAAUCUACUAAGUGUAGUCAGCAGAUCAUUGUGAUUGUCUUCCAUUUGCCUCCAAAUACAUCCGUUUUGGGUAAUUUAUUUGUGGCCUAGCUUUUUAAUCGAGAAUCUCAACAAGUUUAAGCUGCUGUUUGAGAAGCCUUAUUGGCAUUUGUGUAGACCUGCCAAUCUACACUUGAUAUGUGUAAGGCCUCUAGAUUUACUUUGUCAACCCUUGAAAAAGAUUGAUGGGAGUGACGGAGGAAUUAUUUAUACAUCGGGAAAGUUCACACGGUGGAUGUGGUGCUAUCUUAUGUAUGUUGUUUCAUUAGCAACAAGUGAGAUGCUUUUGGUAAGGGAGCCAAUGACAACAUACAAUUUAAAGUAGAGGGCAGAGGCAUUGAUCAACUUGUAAGGCAUACAACAAUACAAAGACUUUGUUGUAAAUUUACAAGUCUACUAACUAGGAAUGUAACACCAUUCGUGAGCAGCUACUAAGAUGAAGUUCUGCGAGGGAUGGUGAUAUGAUGUGUGAGAGACCAUGCAAAUGUUUGACAUUCUAGCCUUCUGCAAUCAGCAAUUGGGAGAAAUUGUUAGCAUGAUAGUGUUGGAGGUUGAAGAAUGGUCCAGCCAUUUCAGCGGGCGGUUAAGCACCAUGUGUAUUAAAGAUUGAAGACCUUUUUGGAUUAGGGUGUUUGGCUGCAAAUAAAGAGGAAGCUACCAAAUAUGGCUCCUCCUGAAGAAGGGCCAGAGAAUACGAUAAUUGAUGAAGUGGCAAAUGUUGAAUUUCGUUGGGGGGUGAAACGUGGAAAGGGAUUAAAAGGAAAGGAUAUUCAGUUUUAUGAUUCCUUCACCUACGAUGGCGUGGAAUAUUCUUGUUACGACUGUGUUUAUGUUCACAAGGAAGGUGAGCCUGAACCAUACAUUGGGAAAAUUAUGAAAAUCUGGGAUGAUCGUAAAUUGAAAAAGAAAAGGAUUAAGGUGUGGUGGUUCUUUCGCCCUAUUGAGAUACGGAACUUCUACGAAGGUGACUGUAGCCCAGCUAAUAGGGAGCUUUUUCUGGCAUCUGGAGAAGGACAAGGUCUUUUUAAUGUGAAUUUGCUGGAGGUGAUUGUUGGGAAGUGCAAAGUACUUUGCACAUCCACAGAUCCACGAAAUCCACAACCUUCAGAAGAAGACUUGAAUAAUGCAGAUUAUUUUUUUAAUCGGACAUUUGAUUGUGGCAAACGCAUAGUUUCAGAAAGCUUUGAGGGCCUUGAAGCUGAGGCCUUUCUUAACAAACAGGCUUGGGUUAGUAAGUCUGUUCGAUCACUGGAUCAACAAGCAAAUGGAGCUAAUGAAAACCAGGCAAAUAAAUCUAUGGCAAAUGGAUCUCUGUUUGCAAGGAAGGAAGGAACUGAACUGGGAAUUUCAGAGGGACUAACUAAGAGUAAGGUAGACACAAGUACAAAGGAGGAGGAACCAAAGAAGGAUAAAGCAUCACAGAAAAAACUAGACGAUAUUGAAAUCAAAAAGGAAGAAAUGGAAGUAAGUAUGACAGUAAAGGGCGAGGGGAAAGGAAAUGAAACUCCUAAGGAGGAAUUUAAGAUAAUUGAGACUAUAAAGGAAGAAAUGAAAGGGAAUGGAAUUCCUGAUGAGGAGCUAAGAAAAGGUGAGAUUACAAAGGAAGAAACAAAAAAGAACAAGACUGGAAAAGAGGAAAUCGAAAAGAAUGAGAAUUCAAAUGAUGAACGGAAAAAGUCGGAGACUGCAACUAAGGGACUGACAAAAGCUGAAUUAGAAAUACCAUCAAAGGGUAUUGGUAAAAUAGAUAGUCCAAAACAAUCUCCAUGGUUGGAAGUAAGAUCCAAUGAUAAAAAAAGCAGUAAAAAUGAGCCAUUUAAAGAUGAAAAAGAGCCGCUCAAGCGGGCAAGAGCAAUAGUGCACUCUGAUGACGAGGCAGAUGAAAUGGGUGGUUCAGCAAAUGCAAACAGGAAAAAAACAGAUUCUAAGAAAGAAGUUUCAGCACCUGAAAAUAGAGUUGUCAAGAAGGCCAAGCUGAGUGACAACUUUAAUAAAACCUCCGAAGAAGUGGCAAAGAUGACAUCUCAUCCAAAGGAGCUAAUCAAGGAAAAAAAGCUUGGUCGUGAAAUAAUUGAGAUUACAAAGAGACCGGAAGUGGAAAGUAACAAAUGGUUCAAAGGGCUUCCCUGGGAUGAGCGCCUUAAGAAAGGUUAUGAGCAGAGAGCAGUGAUCCGAGUACAAAACUUUGAUCCAUCAUACACAUCGGCAGAAAUAGAUGACAUUAUGUGGCAUAUGGUUGGGGAGCGAUGUACUGCACGAGUCAUGCCCCAAACGAUGUUUUCCAACCCAAACAGUGGUGAUGCACUGGUUGUUUUCAGAACAAAAGAAGGAGCAGAAAUGGCUCUAAAGAAAUUGAAUCAAGCAUGCCUAACUUUUUCAGAUGGAAGAUCCCUCAUCGCUACAAGAGCAACUCCUGUGAUGUCUGGAAAACAAAAAUUUGCUGGGCAUAUUAGUAUAGAGAAGCAUAAACUCCUAAUGCAAAGGGCACAUAAGUCUGAGGAUAUGAAAAAAGCAGUUUCAACAUCACAUUGUUCUCAACCAAAUACAAUUGAAUAUGAAAUGGCCAUGGAAUGGCGUCUUCUACAAGAAAAGUCUGAGCGUUGGUGGAAUGAGUUAUUUAAGCAAGAAGCAUCAGAGGUUGAUGAUGUCAAGCGCAAGAAUAUAAUUUCUAAAAAAAAGAACUAAGCCAGGCUGUAAUUACGAAAUUCUGUUUUACAGAGUAGUGCUGAUGUUACUGAAGAUACUGACCAGUGUGGUGUUUUGCCAUUCUUUCACAUAUAAUUGUGGCUGGUAGGUAUUGGUUUGUGCUACAAUUUCAGUGCAAAUAUUGACAGAUACGUCAAGGCUGAGUUAACAAGAGCUGCAUUACAGGUGAUAAGUUCAGAGAUCGGCACAUUUUAGUAUGGAGAUUUUUCUAUAGUACGUUGAUUGCGGAUGACAAAAGGAUAGAGGAGUUAAUUAGUGUCUGUGAGUGGGCGACAAUUGUUAUCGGCAUUGCUUACCUGAGAAACAACUUUCUUCGCAAGGUAAAUUGACAUGGUGGUUUCUAUGAUGUCUAACAUCAUAGCUAUUUCUAUGCCUGAUAGGACCAAUUCGAAGCUUUACCAUCUUAUACCUCUGAUGUAUGAUAUUUUUGCACAUUUCUCAUUACUUGCUCCCAAUGCAAAGUAUGUUGUCUUGGUUGUAUGGCUUACCCAUUGUACUCCAUGUGCCUAUGUACGAUAGCCAUGAUAAUAGAAAUAUAACAAUGCAAAAUUUCCUCUGAA